AGAGACAAUCACAAUCAUAUUAUUCAAUAUAUACGGGGUCAACCUUUUCUCUCAGUCUUCAUCUUCUCUCCCUCUCUCUCGAAAAAACCAGUUUUAUUUUUCCUUCUACACGUUUUUGCUUUUGGCUUCUUGCAUUGACUGUUUGUUUCAAUUUCACAAAACCCCAUCUCUCUCUCUCUCUCUCUCUCUCUCUCUCUCAGCUGCACUUGUAUUAUCCCUCCCUCCCUCUCCCUCUCCCAGCUACACUUAUAUUAUUACUACAACAUUUGUUUAAUUAAAGUCCAUGUUCCAGAGAAUUGCAUGGAAGAUCAUCCUUACCUUCAUUGAGCUUUCAAUCAAGAAUUGACACUAGAGAGACCUCAGAUCUGAUGGCUGGAAGCUUGGAUGGAAGUUAUGACCAAGGUAGCCAGUCGGAUGAAAGCAGUCAAUUUGAGAGAUAUCAUAUUGAACCAUUCUAUGAUGCAUUUAUAUGCCCUCUAUCAAAACAAAUUAUGCGCGAUCCUGUUACUUUGGAAACUGGCAUAACUUAUGAGCGAGAAGCCAUUGAAAACUGGUUCAAAGAUUGUAAGGAGAAUGGAAGAAAGCUAGUCUGUCCAAUAACAUUAAAAGAGUUAAGGAGUACAGAUCUGAACCCAAGCAUUGCUUUGCGCAGCACAAUUGAAGAAUGGAAUGCUAGGAAUGAAGCUGCUCAACUUGAUAUUGCUCGUAGAUCACUGUCAGUAGGCAAUCCAGAAACUGAAAUCAUGGAUGCUCUAAGGUUCAUUCAGAAGCUUUGCCAAAAGAAUCUCUCCAGUAAGCGAGUUGUUCGUAAUUCAAAUCUUAUACCCAUGAUCAUCGACAUGUUGAAGAGCAGUAGUCGUAGAGUAAGAUGCAAGGCACUAGGAACCCUUCAUAGUGUAGUCGAAGACGACUCUGAUAAUAAGGAAGUUAUGGCUGAAGGGGAUACUGUACGGACAAUAGUUAAGUUUUUGUCUCAUGAAAAAUCCAAGGAGAAGGAUGAAGCCAUCUCUUUGCUUUGUGAGCUUUCGAAAUCUAGGACAGUCUGUGAAAAAAUUGGAUCCAUCAAUGGAGCCAUCCUUAUUUUAGUGGGAAUGACUGGCAGCAAAUCUGAAAAUCCUCUUACUGUUGAAAAGGCUGAAAAAACUCUGGAAAAUUUGGAGAAGUCUGAGAGUAAUGUUAAGCAGUUGGCUGACUAUGGUAAACUACGGCCACUCCUGACACUCCUCCUUGAAGGUCCAGAGGAAACCAAACUAUCCAUGGCUGUGUACCUUGGUGAACUAGUACUCAACAAUGACAUGAAAGUAUUUGUGGCAAAAACUGUUGGUUCAUCACUAGUUGAUCUUAUCAAAGUUGGUAGCAUGCAGUCAAAAGAAGCUGCUUUAAAGGCAUUGAGUCAGAUAUCGUCUUUUGAGGCUAGUGCCAAGGUUUUGAUAGACGAAGGGAUACUACCUCCUCUAGUAAAGGAUCUCUUCAAUGUUGGUAAGCACCAGCCUACACGAUUGAAGGAGGUAUCUGCUACAAUUCUGGCAAACAUCGUAAAGUCAGGCUCUGACUUCUAUUCUAUCCCUGUUGGACCCAACCACCAGACUCUGGUUUCAGAAAACAUACUCCACAAACUUCUCCGUCUGAUUAGCAAUACCGGGCCAGUGAUAGAAUGCCAGCUUCUUCAGGUUCUUGUUGGACUAGCUAAUUCUCAGACUACAGUUCACAGUGUUGUUGCUGCAAUCAAGAGCUCUGGGGCUACUAUCAGUUUGGUGCACUUCAUUGAAGUUCCACAGAAGGAUCUUCGUGCAGCUUCCAUCAAACUUCUUCAAAACCUCUCUCCACACAUGGGCCAGGAAUUAGCUCAUAGUCUACGUGGUCCAGGGGGGCAACUCAGUUGCUUAAUCCAAAUCAUAUCAGAAAAUGUUGUCAUCACCGAAGAGCAAGCAGCAGCAGCCAGGCUCUUGGCUGAUCUCCCAGAAAGGGAUGUGGGCCUCACAAGACAGAUGCUUGAUGAAGGUGUCUUUCAGUUGGUCAUCUCCAGGGUGAUAAGUAUCCGGCAGGGAGAGACUAAAGGUGGCCGCUUUAUGACUCCCUAUUUAGAAGGGCUUGUUCAGAUUCUGGCAAGGGUUACCUUUGUCCUUGCUGAGGAACCUGAGACUAUCAGACUGUGUCAAGAGCACAAUAUUGCUUCAAUUUUCACUGAAAUGCUUCAGUCAAAUGGGCUGGACAAUGUGCAGAUGGUUUCAGCUAUGGCUUUGGAUAAUUUAUCCCAAGAAUCCAAGAACUUGACAGAGUUGCCCGAGUUGCCAUCACCUGGUUUUUGUUUUAAAUUUUUUCCUUGCUUUAGCAAAACUACUGUCAUAACCGGAUUAUGUAGAGUUCAUAGAGGGAGAUGUUCACUAAGGGACACCUUUUGUCUCGUGGAAGGGCAGGUUUUGGAGAAGUUGGUGGCCCUUCUAGAUCACACUAAUGAUAAGGUAGUUGAGGCUUCACUUGCAGCCAUGUCAACUUUGCUAGACGAUGAAGUUGAUAUAGAAAAUGGGGUGACUAUGUUGUGCGAUACAGAUGCAGUCAAGCCUAUACUUACUAUUUUAAUGGAGAAACGAACGGAGACCUUGAGGAGGAGGGCAGUUUGGGUUGUGGAAAGACUUCUGAGGGGUGAUGAUAUAGCAUUUGAAGUAUCCGCUGAACCCAACAUCAUCACAGCCCUUGUCGAUGCUUUUCAGCAUGGUGACUAUCGAACAAGACAAAUUGCUGAGCACGCCCUAAGGCAUAUCGACAAGAUCCCGAAUUUCUCUGGUAUUUUCCCAAAUUUGGGACAGUAAAAAUUCAUUUACUCCAUUACUGAGACAAUGAAAUUUAAGGGCCAUGCAGUCAUUGAAUUUUGACCUCUUACUGGUUUUAAGAAGCAUCAUAGGAAUUACGUUGGUGUAGCAUCAUAAGGUUGCAGUAGAUAGCAAUUAUCCCUCAGAUCAUAUUCCCCCUACUUUGUAUAAUUGUAUAUGUGUAUACUCAUUGUGAACAUAAAUAAUAUAAUUUCUUGCUAAUCUUUAUUCAAGUUUGGGAGACAAGUUAUUUCUA